CGUGUAACUCUCUAUGAGGGCAAGGUUCUUUUAUGGGCUAUGGAGAUCUUCUGCGAUUUCCAAAAGGAAGAGUAGUUAGUGAGAUAAAGCUAGACAGAGCAUAGUUUUAUUUUUACGGAGUUAUAUUUCCGUUUAUUGACGGGAUCUGCGACCAUGAAAGCUCCAUCAAACGGUUAUCCGGCAAAUUCUGGAGAAGGCAUGAAAGCAGGGGAAAAGAGGAGUAUCAAUUCAGAGUUAUGGCAUGCUUGUGCGGGACCUCUGGUGUCUUUGCCUCCUGUUGGCAGUCUUGUGGUUUACUUCCCACAAGGACACAGUGAACAGGUUGCAGCUUCGAUACACAAGGAGACUGAGAGUAUUCCUAGCUAUCCCAACCUUCCUUCGAAAUUGAUUUGUGUGCUACAUAAUGUUACACUGCAUGCUGAUACUGAGACAGACGAGGUCUAUGCACAGAUGACUCUUCAGCCUGUAAAUAAAUAUGAUAAGGAAGCACUACUGGCGUCGGAUAUGGGACUCAAGCAAAGCAAGCAACCCACUGAGUUCUUUUGCAAAACACUUACUGCUAGUGACACGAGUACUCAUGGUGGAUUUUCAGUACCCCGUCGAGCAGCAGAGAAGAUAUUUCCACCUCUUGAUUUCUCGAUGCAACCACCUGCUCAAGAGCUAGUAGCUAGAGACUUGCAUGAUGUUACAUGGACAUUCAGACAUAUUUAUCGUGGUCAACCUAAAAGGCAUCUGCUUACUACGGGUUGGAGUGUGUUUGUCAGCACAAAAAGACUCUUUGCUGGUGAUUCAGUUCUUUUUAUAAGAGAUGAGAAGUCACAGCUCCUCCUUGGCAUAAGGCGUGCUAACCGACAGCAACCAACCCUAUCCUCAUCAGUCAUAUCCAGUGACAGCAUGCAUAUCGGAAUUCUUGCUGCUGCAGCUCAUGCUGCAGCAAAUAACAGCCCAUUCACUAUAUUUUACAAUCCGAGGGCAAGCCCUUCUGAGUUUGUGAUUCCCUUGGCCAAAUAUAAUAAAGCAAUGUAUGCCCAAGUUUCACUUGGCAUGCGAUUUAGGAUGAUGUUUGAGACUGAGGAGUCAGGGGUACGUAGAUACAUGGGCACAAUUACUGGUAUCAGAGAUUUGGAUCCUGUGCGUUGGAAAAAUUCACAAUGGCGUAAUCUUCAGGUCGGGUGGGAUGAAUCAACAGCUGGUGAGCGUCCAAGCCGAGUUUCAAUCUGGGAGAUUGAGCCUGUAACAACUCCUUUCUACAUAUGCCCACCUCCAUUUUUCAGACCCAAGUUCCCCAAACAACCUGGGAUACCAGAUGAUGAGUCUGACAUAGAGAAUGCUUUCAAGAGGGCAAUGCCCUGGCUCGCUGAUGACUUUGGCAUCAAGGAUGCUCAGAACCCGAUCUUUCCAGGCCUGAGUCUUGUCCAGUGGAUGAGCAUGCAACAGAACCAUCAGUUUUCAGCUGCUCAGUCGGGAUUAUUUCCACCACUGGUUUCCUCAUCUGCACUGCAUAAUAACCUUACCACUGAUGACCCAUCUAAGAUAUUGAACUUUCAGGCGCAGAACUUGGCUGCACCUAAUUUCCAGUUGAACAUCCCCAAAGCAAAUCAACAUAACCAGCAAGUUGAACAGCUCCAGCAGCCUUCUUUGACAUGGCUCCAACAACAGCAACAUCAACAUCAGCAGCAGAUAAAGCAAACUCUUGUUAACUCACAGCAGCAGCAACACUCCCAACAACCACAACAGCAACAGCAACAGCACCAGCAAUUGCAGCAGCAGCAACACUCCCAACAACCACAACAGCAACAGCAACAGCAACAGCACCAGCAAUUGCAGCAGCCGCAGCAACAACAGCAGCAGCAGCAGCAGCAGCAGCAGCAGCAGCAACAGCAGCAGCAACAACAACAGCAGCAGCUAAUUCGACCUGCUUUCAUUAGUCAUGGUGGCACAGCUGCCAACCAGAUACCAAACCAAAAUUUGCAGCAACCAAUUCUCUACUCUGAACUUCAGCAGCAGCGGUUACUCACACCCAACACCCAACCCCAACAAAAUAUCCAUCCCACUAACCAGAUUCCCCUCCAGUUAACAUCUUUACCUCAGGAUUUGCAGUUCCAGCAGCAAGGGGAACAGCAGCAGAGCCUCUUGCAAAGGCAGCUACAAUCACCCCUAUCCCAACACCAGCUUCAACUACAGUUGCUGCAGAAAUUGCAGCAGCAGCAACAGUUACUCUCACAAAUUAGCCCACAGUUGCAGCCCCAGUUGCAACACCAACAGCAAGCUAAUCAACAAAACCAGCAAUCACAACAGCAGCAGCCAUUCAUGUUGCAACAACAGCCCCUCAGUGGUGCCAACAACUUUUCUCCGCUUCCACCAAGUCAACCACAAACAUUCCCUUCAAACCAUCACUUGGGCCAGCAGAAACCUCCUGUGCCCAUGAGUGCUCACUCUGGACCUACAGAUGGGGAUGCUCCGUCAUGUUCAACGUCACCUUCAACUAACAAUUGCCAAGUUUCACCGUCGACCUUGAACAGAAACCAUCAAUGCACAGCCAUAUUGAUGGAGGAUACAGUAGUUCAGCCUGCAACUAAUCCAGUUCAAGAGCUCCUAAGCAAAUCUGAUGUUCGAGUAAAAAAUGAACAGCCCAAUCUCCAAGAACCUGAACAAGUGAUACAUAGGAGCGGUAUUACUGAUCAAUUGGAUGCAUCCUCAUCUGCAACGUCAUACGGAAUGGAUGGUGGUAGCCUCCAGCAUAAUUUCUCAUUACCUGCCUUCUGUUUGGAUGGAAAAGUUCAAGUGGAUACACGGAAUAAUCUUCUCUUUGGAGUUAAUAUUGAUGGUCUGACACCAGAUGCUUUGCUGUCAAGGGGGUUUGGGUUGGGGAAGGAUCUUCAGAACUUGCUUUCUGGUUAUGGUAAUAAUCAAAGAGACAUUGAGACAGAAAUAUCUACUGCAGCGAUCAGUUCACAGUCAUUUGGGGUGCCAGAGAUGUCAUUCAAGCAUGGGUGUUCCAGUGAUGCUGCCAUCAAUGAGGUUGGGGUUUCAAAUAGGGGUUUAUGGACUAACCAGACCCCUCAGCGUAUGCGGACAUUCACAAAGGUUCAAAAGCGUGGAUCAGUGGGAAGGUGCAUAGAUGUGACACGUUACAAGGGGUAUGACGAGCUCCGGCAUGACUUGGCACGUAUGUUUGGGAUUGAAGGACAGUUGGAAGAUCCACACAGGACUGAAUGGAAAUUGGUCUAUGUGGAUCAUGAAAAUGAUAUUCUCCUUGUUGGAGAUGAUCCCUGGGAAGAGUUUGUAAGCUGUGUUCAGAGCAUCAAGAUAUUAUCAUCUGCUGAAGUUCAGCAGAUGAGUUUGGAUGGGGAUUUGGGGAAUGUGCCAGCAGCCAAUCAGACAUGUAGUGGGUCUGACAGUGGGAAUGCAUGGAGGGGAAACUAUGAUGACAACUCGGCAGCCUCUUUUGACCGGUAAGAGCUGGGCCAAAGGUAUAGAAAAUGGUGAACUUGUCGCAUGAUUUAAGUGUCUGCAAGGAUAGUUUGGACUCUACUACUGCACGGCUGGUGUAACAGAUGGAAACUAUCUGUUUACAAGGCCAAAGGUGAUCUGUCAUAAAAUAAGAAACGAGAUUUGGUGGAAAACAAAGGUCUAUGAGGUAGUGACCUUUUGGUGGUUCUCUCUUGCACUCUCUCUGCAUACCACCUCAUGGCCCAGACAUGUUGCAAUCUGUGGGGUUGUUUGAGACUGGAAGUAAAAGUUAGUUCCUUUCAACCCUUAGUGCAGGAUCACGUAUGGACACAGGAAUGCAGAGUGAAGGAGGGUUCAUCCCAUUGCUGGUUUUUGUACUUCAUCUUGGUACAAUUUGCAGUGAGAAAUGUAUAUCUGAUAGCAAAUUGAUUAUUGGAAAUGGUAUAUGAUUUUGGAUU